GCCUGUGAGAAUGCCCGUGCUGUACUGACAGAAACGAUACGGGCUAAGCAGACAUGGAGGCCCGAUUGACGAGAGAGGCCCGUUCCGACGCGCCUGAGCUCCACUAACUCGGACCCGGAGAGGAAUUCGGGCGACAUAUCGGAUUAUCACGGCAAUUUCAAGAUAAAUAUCCGAGCGACCAUGCUGGGAGGAUUUUGACCGCAAAUUAUGUGAACGCCGUUCUAGAUCGCUAAGUUUGAAGGUGAGAGGGCUGGGCAUUUGGGAAGGGACGACACUGCUUCAACCCAACAAGGAUAUCUUUUCCAACCUCUGUUUUAACCCCCCUUCCCCUUCCCCUCAAUUUCACUCUCUUCUUCAAACCUGAUAUCUACACAGACCUCCAGUACCUACCUAUAAGUGCGAGUGAGAACAUCCUGUCCCACUCAAGCCCCCCUUGUUCCCCAAAUCACAAAUGGAUCAGAGGACACAGGGGGGGCCUUCUACGCCGCCCCCACUCCCUGCCAAUGCCCCCCCAGCAGAACGUGAGAAAGAAGGUGUAGGAGGAAAGAAGGACGAUGAAGAAGAGAAAAAGAAACGGGAGAAACCAAGAGAUGGGGCACAGAAUGAAACUAGUGGUGCUGAAAGUGGGACUGGUGACCAGCCGCAACAACCCACACAGUUUUCGGUCAAAGAGACCAGCUACUCUGAGGGUAACGUUAAGCUCAAAAUAGGCCUGCAGGCCAAACGCAUGAAGAAACCUCCUAAGAUCCUGGAGAACUAUGUCUGCCGGCCAGCCUUCCGAGCCACUGUAAGGCAUAGUGGCGGUAGAGGUGGAGGACGUGCUAAUCGUGGGGCUGGAGCCAGUGAUGCAAAUAGCAACUCUACUAGCACAAGUAAUGGAAAGGAAGGGGAGAAAAAGCCCUCUGUCAACCGAGGAGCACCUCAGUCAGCUGCUGCUCCUGCUGCUACUACUCCCUCACCCUCUCUUCCUCCUCCAGCUUCCAUCAACACUGUCACUCCUGUGAAUGGAAGUGCUCCAGCAAAAAGGGGUCCUCCAAAACUUGCCUGCAAAUCAGAGGGAAAGGCUGAUGUAAAAUUUGUUGCUUCUUCAGAGAAACCCCUUAAUCUCCAUCGGCCCAUGACAGAAAGCAAAUCACACUCCUCUGGAAAGAAAAACCAUGUUCCACAAACAAACUCUGCCCCUGCCCCAUCUCCACCAGCAGUGCCCUCAGCUGCCACAUCGCAACAGGACCCUAAAAUAGAUGGAAUCUUAAAAACGCCUCAAUGCAAUUUUUUGGAGGGGCAGAAGGAACAAGAAAGAGGAAUUUCAUCUUGGGGUACUCCUACAGUAACUGAAAAACUUGCUCAGCUCAUAGCUACAUGCCCACCUUCAAAGUGCCCUAAGCCAAAAGCCCGGAAGGUAUCGCCAGCUCCAGCACACAGUAGCUCACCUCCAUUAAUUUCUAAUCUGCAGCGCCCUGAACGGGCAAUGGCUAAUAGGAACACCUAUUCCAGGGCGGUUCACCUUGCCCCACCACCACCUGUAUCACGGCCCCCAGGUCGCCCAUAUGGGUCUAAAAACAAAGACAGUAUCCUUGAGAAAUUUUCUGGAACUUCUAAAAAAGAGGAAUCAGAUGGACUUUCAAAAGGGGCCUCCGGUAGCAGCAGCAGCACAACCACCACCAUCACUAGUUCUGCACUGUCUCAAAACAGCAGUCGCUUGACGACAACAGCAUCCACAAAUGAAAGCACUGACAACAACAACAUAGAUGGAAUGAAAUCUCAGUCUCGUCUUGGGCAUUGCCCAUCUCAUUCUUCAUCCACAGCAGCUUCACCACCAUUUUCUUCUUCAUCCUCCUUAGAGAGAAUAGGAAGUACAAGCUGUCACAUAGGUUUGCCAGGCUCACGCCCUAAAGCAAGCCCCUCUCGAAUAGAGGAUUUUAGUGAGAAAGACAAAGAGCGUGACCGGGAAAAGGACACAGACAGUGCAAGAGAUUUAAGUAAGGGUAUCACUCCAGCUAUAACUGGGAAACAAGAUGCAAAAGAAAGGUGUUCUUUAUCAGCUCCUCGAAAUGACAGGGGUAAGAGCUCAAGCCCAGUCAAACGUAGUCCCAAUCAGGAAAGUCGUGUUAGUGGGGUUCCAAGUCCUGCUGAGUCCACCAAAUGCACUAUUUCUCCUUCAUACCCUUCUGGUGCCAGCAGGAGCCCACCACCGCUAUGCGAUGACACUGGGGCUAUUUCUCCUGCAUCACCAUCUGAGCAGGAUUCAAAACCUCUUAAGAAGCGACGAGGACGACGACCUCGUUGGACAAAGGCAGUGAGUCGCACCCACAAGUCUUUACAUGAGUCUCCUAACCAUCAGCAAAUCCCCACACCAAUGCCAUCAGGGCUUUCUUUCUCAUCCCCUAUUCGGGAGUCUGUGGAACAGCCUCUCAGUGACAGUUACACAUCCCCAGAGGAUUCUGAUAUUUUCGAUACUUCGCCCAAGAAGAGAGGACGUCCAAAGACCAAAAUGCCACGAUUAGAUGCACCAGCACAUGGCUGCACCCCAAACAAGUUGGCACCCUCAAAAUCCUUCUCCAGUCUGCUCAAGUCUAAGGAAGAGCAGGACCCCCCUGUUUUGCACCCUGAAGUGGAUUUUAAUCCACCUAAAAUGAUGGCAAGAAAGCGAGGGCGACCUAAGCGCUCCCCUCCAACUCUUCCUCAAGAAACCCAGCCCCCAACUCUUGCUCCUGAGUCAGGGGAAGCUUCAGUUGGAAAACCUUUUCGUAAUAAGGGCAAUGGGCAGCUCAUUAUGAAGACGAUCAUAGGCAAAAUCAAUAAAAUGAAGACAGUAAAACGGAAGAGGCUCCUCAGCCAAAUACUGCUUGGGCCAAAACCAGCAGAUGAGCAGGAGUGCUCAAGAAGCAGUGGGCCAACAGGGUCUCCAGUUGCUACUAAACCACAGUCCCUGACAUCACUUGCUGCUACAUUUGGGGGCAAAUUAGGGCCCCAAAUUAAUGUGAGCAAAAAGGGGACAAUAUAUAUGGGUAAAAGAAGGGGUCGCAAGCCAAAAACAUCAACUAAUCCCUCCCCAGGUGCCCCUACACCCCCUCCCGAGCCUUUCUUAUCACCAAACACUUCAUCCCCACAUCAUCACCAGGCGCAGGCUUUACAAAACCAACCACACCAGUUGCCUCCGUCUGAGGUGUUCCCUUCGCCAUCACUAUCACAGUCAAGUGGGGGCCAAAGCCCCAUUAGUGAUGCUAGCUUUGUUGAGCCUGGCUCAGUGCAUUUCUCAUCUCUCCCACACUGCAGCCAUUCCCAUCAGGUCCACCACUCAUUCUCAUUUCCUCCGCCUACUUUUUCAGCCCCCUCUGCUCGAUCUGUAGCAAGUGCUGCAACAUCCACUGCACACCCAUCUCAGAAGAAGUCCUCUUGCCGGGGUUACCAUCAUCACCAUCACCAUUACCGGCAGCACUAUCAUUAUCGAAAAUUUUCUCCUCCAAGGCCACUAUUGCCAACGUCUCCAGCUCCUUUGAGUGAGCUGAAAGAAGCCACACCUUCUCCAGUCAGUGAAUCACACAGUGAAGAGACUGUACCCAGUGACAGUGGCAUUGGAACAGACAACAAUAGCACCUCUGACCGUGGGGAAAAAGCUGGAAGUGCCAGUGGCUUACCUGGUGUGGGGGUCUCACAGGGUAUGGCAGGUGGACUCUUAAUGCCUGGAGUCAUAGGUCCAGGUAUUGGAACAGGAAUUGGACUUUCUUCAAGAGGUCGGAGGAGGCACUCAUCUUCAGUUCUUCUAGAACAUCCCUCACCUACACCCUCACCACUUGGAGUGAGAGCAUCACCUGACCCAAGAAGACCGCACCCAGCUGCCCCAUCUUCUGCUUUGGUUGGACAUAAAGAGAAGCACAAGCAUAAGUGCAAGCGUCGUGGACAUGGCUGCCCUAGCUAUGACAAACUAAAAAGGCAAAAGCGUAAACGCAAGAAGAAGUACCUGCAGUUACGGUCACGCCGACAAGAUCCAGAUUUUUUGGCUGAUUUGGAUGAGAUAUGUGUACAGCUCAGUGAUAUACGAAUUUCUCAUCGAACACCUACACUUCGUUUGGGCAGCAGCAUAGGUUUGGGUGCCGGGGCUGGUCCUGGCCGUGGGUCUGGCUUGGGAAGUACCAGACCUAGCAGCAGCCUUGGAGGCGGAACCAAUCCACCACCCCAUCACUAUCUGCAUAGAGAUCUAUUACCCACAAUAUUCAGGAUAAAUUUUAGUGGGUAUUAUUCACCCCACCCAGCCUACCCAUGUGAUUCACUUCAUUACGUUCGUAAGCCAGAUCUUAAAAAGAAAAGAGGGCGACCACCUAAGCUUCGGGAAUCUAUAUCAGAAGUACCUUUUGUACCUGGUUUAGGCUUUCCCCUCUCCAGUGGAGGUUUCUAUCACCCAUCUUAUGGUGUCCCAUACUCUUCUACCCCACUGGGACUUGGCUACUAUCGUGGUUAUACCCCACCAAGUGCCCUGUACCCCCAUCCCCAUCACCAGGCUCCCCACUCUGGCCCAUCCCACCAUGUUCAUUCACCAUCUUUUCCUCCACCUCCACCCCCUUCUUAUGUGCAUCAUCAUCACCCAUCCCACCUGCUUCUUAACCCCUCCAAAUUUCACAAGAAGAAACAUAAGCUACUUAGGCAAGAAUAUUUAGGUGGUGGUCGUUCAUCCAUGCUCUAUCCUGCCAUGUCGUCUGAGCUGUCAUUUGGCUGGCACCACAAACACAAGCAUAGGCACAAACAUCGUGAUCGUUGUGGAGAAGAGGAGGGUGAUGAUGGUGGUGGAGUUCUAGGUGGUAUAGGAGGCAGAGGUGUUGGAGGUGAGGGCUUGGGGGCUGGAAGAGGGGAAAGAGGGAGUGUAGAGUCCCUGCAGCACUGCCGGUUUGGACGAGAUGGCUCUGCUGACUCCCGAACUAACAAACAGUCAGCUUCUGCCAACUCCCCUUCCUCUUCCUCCUCUUCCUCUGCAGAAAGGUACAAGCGAAAAGAGGCCUCAAUGUCUUGUCUUGGGCCCUCACGACUGUCUUUGGGCACUGCAAGUCGGGGACAUCAUCCUGUUGACUCCUGGUUCAGAAUGGGAAGUUCUGAUACUGAUUACUCCAAACUCUCUAGAAACCAGUCUUUCUCAGGGUCUGGUGCAUUCUCUGAAGGACAUGUGCAAAAUCCAGUGGAUUGCUCAGAGAGUGACGAGGAAGAUGCUGCUUCCCCCAUUGAAGAGCCAGAGAUCAGCCAUCACACAAACCUGUUUGCAUCUGCACUAUCACGGACCUCCCUCAAAGGGAGUCGCAGCAAAAAAGGUGGACCAUUAGAGAGUCCCAGCCUUUCACGGUUGGACAGGACGGUUAGAAGGGAUCGUUCAACAUCUUCAGAGAAGAGAGAAAUUGGGAAUGCAUCUAGCUUGCAGAACAGAGUUGGCCAAUCCAGUGUUCCUGAUGUUUCUGAGGGUCUCCAUCAUCGACACCACCAUCACCACCACCCUCCUCUAUCCCUGUCACACUCUGCCUCUUGCCUGCCUCACUGCACUCUGGACCAGCCUGGAAACACAGCACCACUCCGGCCCUCCAGCCGCCAGGCUAGUCCGUCCACAUGCUCCUCCCAGCCUGCAUGCUGCAUUGAUUCCCCAACUUCACAUCUCUCCCACCGGCCCCCUCCCAAAAACAACCUGCUCCAUGUCAACAAGAUCCUCCGUGCAAAGAAGCUCCAGAGGCAAGCACGUACAGGGAACAACAUGGUGAAAAAACGGGGUCCAGGGCGUCCCCGCAAGAACCCGCUGCCCUCACCUCCUGCAACACCCCCACCACAGACUUCUGAACAAGACAACCACCCGUUACCUGAAAGGCACAGAGCAAGUGCACUCUGGGAGGCAGAUACUGUAGUUGAUGCCAUUGAGGCUGUAGUGCAGAACCAGCGCAAAAAGGGACGCAAGCGGAAGCACUGGGAAAGGGAGACUGAAGGAGGUGAUGAAGAAGAGGAUGAUCCGGAGGAGGAAAGACAAGUGGAGGACGAAGAAGAAGAAGACGAAGAACAAGAACAACAGUCAGCUGCUAGAGAAGACGAUGUGAUGUCGAGAGUUAGAACAGAAGGAGGCAGGCAAUGGUUGACUCAGGAAGAAGUGCACUGUUUUCGCAGUGCACUGGAGGGAAAACCUGAUGGCUCCCUAGAGCACCCAGGCCCUGCUACUUCGGAACCAACCCCAAACCUAUCAGUGACCAGCCAACGUGAGAAGAGAGUUGCUAGACCACCCAAAAAGAAGUUUCAAAAGGCGGGACUUUACUCUGAUGUGUACAAGACUGAUGAUCCUCGCAGUCAGCUGCUACAGCUAAAGAAAGAGAAGCUAGAAUACACUCCAGGUGAACAUGACUAUGGCCUUCUUCCUGCUCCCAUUCAUGUUGGGAAAUACUUGAGACAGAAACGCAUUGAUUUCCAGCUGCCUUACGACAUCCUGUGGCUUUGGAAACAUGAUCAGCUCUACAAGAGACCUGAUGUGCCUCUCUACAAGAAGAUCAGAUCCAAUGUCUAUGUGGAUGUGAAGCCUCUUUCUGGCUAUGAAGCCACUACCUGUAACUGCAGGUCGCCUGACGACUCUAGCGAAAAGGGCUGUCAAGAUGAUUGUCUAAACAGGAUGAUUUUUGCAGAGUGCGCUCCAAGUACAUGUCCGUGUUCCGAUCAGUGCGAUAACCAGCGGAUUCAGAAGCAUGAGUGGGUUCAGUGCCUCGAGCGCUUCCGGGCUGAGGGAAAGGGCUGGGGCAUCCGGACCAAGCAGCCCCUGCGUGCUGGCCAAUUUAUCAUCGAAUAUUUGGGAGAGGUGGUCAGCGAACAGGAGUUCAGGAGUCGCAUGAUGGAGCAGUACUUCUCCCACAGCGGCCACUACUGCCUGAAUCUGGACAGCGGCAUGGUCAUCGACAGCUACCGCAUGGGCAACGAGGCUCGCUUUGUCAACCACAGCUGCGAGCCCAACUGUGAGAUGCAGAAAUGGUCGGUGAAUGGAGUGUACCGAAUUGGUCUGUUUGCUCUGAAAGACAUCAACAGCGGAACUGAACUGACAUAUGACUACAACUUCCACUCCUUCAACACAGAGGAACAACAAGUCUGCAAGUGUGGCUCAGAGGGUUGCCGAGGCAUCAUUGGCGGCAAGAGCAAGCGAAUCAAUGGGCUGCCUGCUAAAGGGGCCGGAUCUGGAGGAGGAGCCCGGAGACUAGGAAGACUGAAAGAGAAACGCAAGUCCAAACAUUCACUGAAGAAGCGGGAGGAAGAGUCCAGUGACAGCAGCAAAUUUUACCAGCACCUUUUAAUGAAGCCCAUGUCAAACAGAGAGAGGAACUUUGUGCUAAAACAUCGGGUUUUUCUGCUGCGGAACUGGGAGAAGAUGCGGGAGAAACAGGAGCUUCUGAAGCGUGAGGGAGAGCGGGAGAGGGAGAACAGCGGUCUGUCUCUGUACACACGCUGGGGAGGAGUCAUCCGGGAUGAUGGAAACAUCAAAUCAGAUGUAUUUCUGACUCAGUUCUCAGCGCUGCAGACGUCCCGCUCUGUACGCACACGCAGACUUGCGGCAGCCGAGGAAAACACUGAAGUGACGCGCACCGCACGUCUGGCACACAUUUUCAAAGAGAUCUGCGAUAUGAUCACUAGCUACAAGGAUUCAUCUGGUCAGCCUCUUGCUGCUCCACUGCUUAACCUGCCUUCUAGGAAGAGGAACACACAGUACUAUGAGAAGGUCACCGACCCUUUAGAUCUCAGCACCAUAGAUAAGCAGAUCCUCACCGGACACUACAAAACCGUUGAGGCGUUUGAUGCGGACAUGCUCAAAGUGUUUCGCAAUGCUGAGAAGUACUAUGGGCGCAAGUCUGCUGUGGGCCGUGAUGUGUGCCGGCUGAGGAAGGCUUAUUAUGGUGCCCGUCAUGAGGCUGCUGUUCAGAUCGAUGAGAUUGUGGGUGAGACGGCAAGUGAAGCGGACAGCUCUGAUUCGCUGGAGAGAGACCACGCCCAUCACCAUGAAGGAGGGGGCAGCCAUGAUAAGGAUGAUGAUGUGAUCCGCUGCAUCUGUGGCAUGUACAAGGAUGAGGGACUCAUGAUCCAGUGCGAGAAGUGCAUGGUGUGGCAGCACUGUGAUUGUAUGCGUCUGGAGGCGGAUGUGGAGCAUUAUCUCUGUGAACAGUGUGACCCUCGUCCAGUGGACAGAGAGGUCCCAAUGGUGCCUCAACCCAGCUAUGCCCAAUCAGGAUUCAUCUAUUAUAUAUGCCUGCUUCGGGAUGACUUGCUGUUGCAUCAGGGCGAUUGUGUGUACCUCAUGCGGGACAGCAGACGCACAACAGAAGGUCAGCCGGUGCGUCAGUCGUACCGCCUCCUGUCUCACAUCAACAGAGACAAACUGGACAUCUUCCGUAUCGAGAAACUCUGGAAGAAUGAAAAAGGUGAGAGGUUUGCAUUUGGUCAUCAUUACUUUCGUCCUCAUGAGACUCAUCACUCCCCUUCCCGCCGCUUCUACCACAACGAGCUGUUUCGAGUGCCUCUGUAUGAGAUCAUCCCGCUGGAGGCGGUGGUGGGCACCUGCUGCGUGCUGGACCUCUACACUUACUGCAAGGGUCGUCCGAAAGGGGUAAAGGAGCAGGACGUUUACAUCUGCGACUACCGGCUAGAUAAAUCCGCACACCUGUUCUACAAGAUCCACCGCAACCGUUACCCAGUGUGCACGAAGCCCUACGCGUUUAACCACUUCCCCAAGAGACUGACACCCAAGAGGGACUUCUCUCCUCACUAUGUUCCAGAUAACUACAAGAGGAACGGCGGGCGCUCUGCUUGGAAGAGCGAGCGGCCCAAAGAUGAGGAGCCAUCAUCUUCCAGCACGUCCUGUGAGCGUCUGUCCUCCAGCUUCCCCAGAGAAGGAGAUGAGGAUGGAGGACGAGGAGCAGAGGGAGACACGGAGGCCACUCAGGAGGAGUCCAGCACUCCGGGACCUCAGAGACCCUUGCCACAGGAGAGCAGGACGGCUGGAGAGGAGGACGAGGCGGAGGAGGAAGAAGACGGAGAGAGGAGGAGAGAGAUGCAUGAGGAGGAGGAAGAGGAGGGAUGCAGAGAGAAAGCAGGAGCGCAGGAGCCCAUAGACGCACAGUGCUCCUCCUCCAUCUCCUCUUCUCCUCUUCAUCCCGCCAUCCUGGGCAGGAGAGAAGCGCAGAGAGAGCGGCUUAACAAGAUCCUGCUCGAUCUGCUGCACCGCGCGCCCACUAAGAACGCGAUAGACGUGACGUAUCUUCUUGAGGAAGGCUCAGGUCGUCGUCUGCGCAGACGGACGCUUGGACUGAGCGAAUUCAUUUGCAGAAAGUAACGCAGACCAACACACUCUGCCCGGCACCAUUGCAGAGCAGCAAGAAAAUACUGGACAUCCAGGAAGACACGUUCAUAUUUAUAUUUUGCAGUCAUGAAGAAACUCCGAGAGAGACCAGCCUAAGCUUCGUGCACUGAGGACAUGCAAUCCGAGAGGCGUCGGCCUUCAAAAGUACACGCAUAGGAACUAAAUUAUGAUCGAACGAAUCAUGAGGGAGCUCCGAAAUCACUGGUCAAACUUCUCCCAAGUUGUGUAAAGGAAGGCACGGUACUACGUUUAGCCUUCUUGCAGCUGCAAAUGAAAAAAACGAAACAAACAAGGGAGAACAGCGCCGCCUUGUGGUCUAAAGCGGGAUUGACUUAAAACGAAGAACAUAGGAGGAGGUGCAGUGUAGCGCACACACACACACUGCCCCCUAGACUGAGAAGAAAGAGAGACCUGAGAAAGAACAUUGGCUAACUGCACUUUUAACAACACGGACAUCAUUCGAGAUGUACGAAUGAGACACACUAACACUCAACGCAGUAUUGAUCAAUGCUGUACGAUAAAGCAAAACAAAUAAGUAUAUUACCUUCUUUUUUUAUUGGUUAUACUGUAAUUACGUUAGGAAUGGAGCACGACGGUUCAUAUUUGUGAGCUCGGGACUUGUGGACUGGGCUGGAAUGUUUCGCUUCUGUUAUCGUGGGCAUUGUGAUUGGUUAGAGUGGCUGCCAGCCCCGCCCCCCUUUUUUUUUUUUUUUUUUUUUUUUUUGAGACAAAAAGUAUUUAAAUUCACCAGCUCGAAAAAUAAAACAAAACAAACAUCUAGCGGUGGAGGCGCGCUGGCUUUAUAUAACGCCUUAGAAUGCCAUUAUCUUGAACGUUUUUUUGUUUUUUGGUAGUGUGUGAGAUUAUUUACGGUGUUUGUUGAGUGUGUGUGCGUGUGAGAGAGAAAAAGAGCCCAUUCGGAUGAUAUAAAUAUGAAAGAGGAAACAACUUAAGGGCUCGACAGCAGUUAAUUAACAGUUUAAUUCAUGAAUUCACAAGGAUUUAUCGUAUCAUGUGACGUCAUUUUUUUUGUGAGUGGCUUGUGAGGGAGGGUGGGAGGUUUUAGGGUCGAUGUUUUUCAUUUUCGGCUUUCGUUUCUUAUUUUAAUGGCCUUUCAGAAUGCCAUGGAGAAUGUUUAUAACAAAAAUCACAAUGAGAUUUCUGCCCUUAAUGCGUCAGCUAUGAUUUCAGAUCCCUUAAAUAGACAAAACUGACAAACGAACGUUGUAUAGUGCCAAGCUAUGUAUAUAUACAGACGGAAAAAUGUGAGAGAUGUCUCCAAAAGCAAUAUCUUGAUAAUGGAUUUUGUGUAUUGUAUUGUACAGGAUUCAGCCCUAUAUGUAUUAUUAUUAUUGUUAUUAUUAUUAUCAUUAUUAUUACGCGAUUUGUAACUUUACGAGAAGUGGACGAGACAUCAUGAUUAAUAAUCGCGACAAAUUUUCGAAUUUCUGAAACCGUCUUGUUACCCAAAACAUGAAUCGAGCGAAGAGGGAGAAUGGAUGUUUUUUUUUGUUUUGAAGGGGACAUCGCAGUGACCCCAAACCUGGCACCUGUCACUGUAAUAAUUAAUAUUAACAUUAUUAUAAUUAUUAUUAUUACGUUUUUGAGGAGAAAUAGAUAUAAUGUUCCUCGUUUUUUGCUGCAAAGUGUUGAACACUAAAAAAACAAACCAACAUAAAAAUGUAAAGUGAUAUUUUGGCAGGAAAAAAGAUGCUGUCAAGCCGAUAUCAUGUUCUUAAUCUCCUUUAUUUUAAUUUGUUGUCGUUUUUAAAUCCUUUUUGUUUAUUCGAACGAUAAAAGAUUGUUCUGUUUUUUUUUUUUGUGAUAGCGGUCAUAAAUAUAAUGCUUGUAUUUCUUGUAUUUGUGUGUUUUUCGUGUGAUCUGUUUAGUUCUUUUUAGACAAUCACAAAAUAAGAUGCAAGCAUUGUAUAUGGACAGACUGGCAGGCAUUUUGUGAUGUUGUGUACAGUUUGUCGAAACUUCUUCCACUCUGGUUCAAAGUUUGUAAUUAUAAAGUCAUGAAAAUGCUGUUGGUUUUUACUUUUUUUUUUUCUUCGUUUUAUAUUCUAUUUGUUUUGUUUGUUUGUUUUUUAAUAAAAAGCACUACAUUAUUGUGAAUAUACUUGCUUGUUGCUCAUACAUCUAGCAGAGAAUCUGUGAUGCCGUUCUUUACUAGCUCAUAACCAUUAUUACUCCAGGUAUACAGACAAAUCGUAUUUUAAUUGUAUGGACGGUCAAUACAUCUUCAAAUAAAGUGGAUUUUAACUAUUGCGUA